GAACUGGCUUGCAAGCUUGCCCUGGACCUGCUCACCAAAGAAUUUGGCAUCCCCAUCGAAAGGCUCUACGUGACUUAUUUCGGUGGCAACGAGGCAGCCGGCUUGGAGCCCGACUUAGAUUGCAAACAAAUUUGGCUAGAUCUGGGUCUGGCAGAGAGUAAGAUCCUUCCAGGCAGCAUGAAGGACAACUUCUGGGAAAUGGGUGACACCGGGCCCUGUGGCCCUUGCAGCGAGAUGCAUUACGACCGGAUCGGGGACCGAGACGCUUCCCACCUUGUCAAUCAAGAUGAUCCCAAUGUGCUCGAGAUCUGGAAUUUGGUGUUCAUACAGUUCAACAGGUGGUAUGUUCUGAGGCGCAUCCUCCGACGUGCUGUGCGCUAUGCUCACGAGAAGCUCAGUGCUCCCAAGGGAUUUUUCGCCACACUGGUCGAUGUGGUGGUUCAGUCCCUGGGCACUGGCUGCCGACCUUACUCCGGGCAGGUUGGCGAGGAAGAUGUUGAUGGCAUAGAUAUGGCUUACCGAGUCCUGGCUGACCACGCCCGAACCAUCACCAUAGCCCUUUCAGAUGGGGGGAGACCUGAUAACACCGGGCCGAGCAGAGAUCUCACAAUGGAGACCCUGACGGCCAGUGAGAUCCGUCAACGCUUCAUCAAUUUCUUUGUGGACCACCAACAUACUUACGUACACUCAUCCGCUACUAUCCCUCUGGAUGACCCUACCCUCCUCUUCGCCAAUGCUGGCAUGAACCAGAGAGGUGCUUCAUUUAACACAGAUACCUUGAAUCACCCUUACUCCGUGUUGCAAAAGGAUGGGGAAUUGUGUGACACAGCCUGGCUCCUAUAUGACACGUACGGUUUCCCAGUGGAUCUCACCGGGCUAAUUGCGGAAGAGAAGGGAUUAAGAGUCGACAUGGAGGCCUUCGAGGAGGAAAGGAAGACCGCUCAGCUGAAGUCCCAGGGCAAGGGUGGUGGUGAUGAAGACCUCAUCAUGUUGGACAUCUAUGCUAUUGAAGAUCUCCGUGCCAGAGCUCUGGAACCCACCGACGACUCCCCAAAAUACAACUAUCGGUCGGAUUCAGACGGUUUCUAUGAAUUUGGUACCCCGGGAGCCACAGUGAAAGCUAUCCGACGGGACAAGACCUUUGUGGAUGAAGUUCACACAGGCCAAGAAUGUGGGAUUGUACUGGACCAGACCUGUUUCUACGCUGAGCAGGGUGGACAGAUCUAUGACGAAGGCUACUUAGUUAAAGAAGACGGCGCAGAAGAUCCAAGGCGAAGGCCCAUUAUGAGCAACCAUACUGCCACCCACAUCCUCAACUUCGCUUUGCGUUCUGUGCUGGGAGAAGCCGAUCAGCGAGGAUCCUUGGUGGCUCCGGACCGAUUACGGUUUGACUUCACCGCCAAGGGAGCCAUGUCGACCCAGGAAAUCAAGAAGACAGAAGAGAUUGUUAAUGGGAUGAUUCAAGACGCCAAG